GUGCUGCUGGGCGAUCUGUACUGAAGGCUAAUCAAACCUUCAUCCUUGAAAAGCUACACACUUUCCCCUCAGACACAUUCAAACAUAAUCGCAUGAAUAAGUAGGUGUACAAGUGUUCCUAAUAAAGUGGUCGGUGUGUGUGAGACGUCUGUCUCGGCCUGCUCUGAACUCUCCCUGAUGGGCGGCUGGUCCCGCAGUGCCGUGCUGCAGCUGUACAGAGCGCUGCUCCGUGCAGGGCGACACCUACAGUACACAGACCGUGACUACUACUGCCGGGCUGUGACUCGAGAGUUUCGCCGCUGUCAGACUCUCAGCGCCCCGGCAGAGAGGGAAGAAGCGUUGAAGAGAGGCCAGUUUUUCCUCAGCAGUGGUCUGGGGGGUUUGGUAUAG